AUGUUGGAAGCAGUCGACAAAAAGUUUAUAUACCCUGUUUUACCAAAUGGUGACGCUCAAAGAAUUAUUAACGUUUUAAAUGGAUUAAUUUUUAAAAUCGAAGUUAUAACAAGUUUUCCUGACUUGAUUGCUCAUAUUGAAGAAUUUAAAGAUUCUUUAGAUGAAAACCUUUACCAUUUGUUAAAAAAACAUAAAGUUUUAAUAAGUUACCUUGAACCUAAUGAAUUAGUCAAGACGAUGUAUUUGGAAAGCGCGAAAAGUUUGCAAAAAAUUUGUUCGGGCGAAAUUGUGAACGAAAAGGAGAAGAUAUCAGUUCAUUGUAAAAAACAAAGAACCUGUCAAGAUGAUGAAAAUUUGACAAAAAUAUCAAGAGGAAACAUAACGGAAGCUCACGAAAAUGAGAGAGGUCCCAUUGUAAAGAGCAUCAACGAAUCAGUCAGAAGCAUAACGAAAACUUUGAUGACAAAUCUUCAAACAGCUUACUUUUUGUCAAACAACAGAUCGUUCAAAAAAUCCAAAGAAGCAAUUCAAUUGAUCACAAUUCUUGAAAAAAUAAAACAUUUAGAAAUGAAACGAUUAAAUCAGAUAAGUGAAGAUAAUUUGAAUGUUGAAAGUUUGUCAAACGCUAAGAAUGUUUAUAAUAAUGAAAUGAUACAAAAUUUGAAUUAUCAUCUAAUGAAAGAAGAGAAGGAAUAUGAGCAGUUGUUAAAUUGUGACGAUGGAAAAUUGAUCAUUCUGAAAGAAAAAUUGGAUCGGAGCAAAAACCAGGUGCAAGAAAAAAAACUAAAAAUGCAGAAUGACGGCAAAAUUCAAGAGAAGCUUUCAGAGAAAAACAGUAGUUUAGAAACGAACGUGUUAGUGGAAUUAAUUGACAAAACCAAACUUCAGCACGAUUCUUUAUUGAAAACAAACUGGGAGAAAGAAUCCGUUUUACGAAAAAAAAAAUUUCAAAUAGAAUCGGAAAUUGAGAACUGUAUAAAAACUUAUGACCUGGAAAUGCGGCGUCUUGAGAUAGAAACGAAUGAAAUUCAUUCUAAAUACCAUGAUGAAAAAAAAUUGCUGGCCGUAUUAGAACAAAAAUUUUCCACGUUGAAAAUAGAAUAUGACGCGAUCAUGGAAGAAAGAAGGAUAGCUCAAGAGUUGAGGGAUGCAAGCGAAAAAGAGCUGCUGAAAACUAUAAGAGCAGCCUACAUAAUUCAGUCUCUAUGGAGAGCUUACAAAGUGAGAAAGAAUGUAAAGUCCAAGAAGAAGAAAGGAGUAAGAGGCGGCUAUCCGAAUUCAAGAAAAGUUACAAAAAACAAAUAA